CAACACAACAACCAAGCCUGGUUGGCUCCUUUGUGGCUCUGAGCACCUGAAGCUCCCUGGACACCCCAGACCCCACCAGGCCACCCUGUCCAGCCCAGGCAGGUCCCUGAGGGUCCCUCAAGGCUGAGGGAGCAGAAAGGUGAGACCCAGACCCUGGCAGCACCUCAGGGAACACCUCGGGGGGCUCAAACGCUUUCCCCACAUUCUCCUUUUCGUUUCCCGCCUUUUUUUUUCCUCUCCCCUCAGAGCGCGGUGCCAUCGGCAGGCCGAGGCAGCCCCAUGGAGGCCAUCCAGGAGUCGUUCCAGAAGGUGGAGAAGAUCGGGGAGGGCACCUAUGGCGUGGUGUACAAGGCUCGCAACAAGCGCACGGGGCAGCUGGUGGCCCUCAAGAAGAUCCGCCUGGACGCGGAGUCAGAGGGUGUCCCCAGCACUGCAAUCCGGGAAAUCUCACUGCUGAAGGAGCUGAAGCACCCUAACAUAGUCAGGCUCUUGGAUGUCAUACACAGCCAGAAGAAACUCUAUAUAGUAUUUGAGUAUCUAAAUCAGGACCUGAAGAAGUACAUGGACUCAUGCCAAGGUGGAGAGCUUCCUUUAAGCUUGGUCAAGAACUACCUUUACCAGCUGCUGCAGGGUGUGAGCUUCUGCCACUCACACAGGGUCAUCCACAGGGACCUGAAGCCACAGAACUUGCUCAUUAACGAAGCAGGAGCAAUCAAGCUGGCUGAUUUUGGACUGGCAAGAGCUUUCGGGGUCCCCCUACGCACCUACACUCAUGAGGUGGUGACUCUGUGGUACCGGGCCCCUGAGAUACUGCUGGGAUGCAGAUACUACUCCACCCCUGUGGAUAUCUGGAGCAUCGGCUGCAUCUUUGCAGAAAUGAUGACCAGGAAGGCCCUGUUUGCAGGGGACUCUGAGAUCGAUCAGCUCUUCCAGAUCUUUCGCAUCCUGGGCACUCCUAAUGAGGUGACGUGGCCUGGUGUGACCCAGCUCCCUGACUACAAGCGCAGCUUUCCCCGGUGGCCAGGGAAGGAGAUGAAGGACAUUGUUCCAAACUUAGAUCGAGAUGGGAGAGACUUACUGACGCAAUUGCUCCUGUAUGAUCCCAGCAAGCGCAUCUCAGCCAAAGCAGCCCUCAACCACCAGUACUUCCUCUGCAGAAACUCUGGGAGCUCUGAACAGCAACCUGUGCUGUGGAGAGAUUGCAGAUGAGAGCACACGGCUCUCCCCAAGCUCUUGCACCUCCAGUUAGCACUGCAGAUCUGGUCUGCAAGGGCCUGGCUGGAACCCAGUCUUGCUUCUCUGAGGAGCCUACAAGGGGACAUUCUUAGCAUUUAGAGACUUUUGCUUUAGAGCAUUUAGAGUCUGUUGCUGGGGGAAAGUUUGGUUUACAGCCAGGAGAGCUGUUUUGAAGAGGUCAUGUGCAAAUUUGGGGGUAAUUUAUCAGCAUAAACCACUGAAAUGUAGAGAAGAGAGCAUCUCUCUGAGGUUUAUCCUUCUACUAGUGAGCUAAGGGGACACGCAGUGAUUUCUGUCUCCAGCACUGGGGCAUGCCCAGGUCUGUUGGUGGCAGUUGCUGGCACGAGGGAAGGGGGACACUUCUUUGCUCAGCCCUUUGCUGCUGCUAUCAGUCAGGCUUCCCAGCACUAGACAAGCUGUUUAGUCUGAGCUGUUUAACAGAGCUGACAUCCUGCUCUUUCACAAGCCGAAGAGCACUAUUGGGUGUCUUAGUUUGUGCCUUAGCUGGGACCAAGAAGCCAAAAGAUCAGCUGGCAUAAAGCAGAUCGAGUUAGGAUAAAGCACGUGCUGCAUAUGACUGGAAACAGGGAGCAGCUAAGCCACUGGCUUUCCAUCAUCAUUCCAGAUAUGUUUUCUUUGCUUUAUUGUCUUGGAAAUGUUUUUGCUGUUCAAAUGUUUGGGGGAUUGUCUCUUGGUGUUGGUGUUGACAUCUUAAUUUCUUUUUCUUCUGUAUAAAAUAAAUACUUGUCAU